GGACAUUGGACUCUGAAUCCAGUAACCCGAGUUCAAAUCUCGGUGGAACCUUUUUACUAUAUAUAUUAUUAUUAUUUUUUUUUAUAUUCAUCCUUCUCCUCACACAACAUAUAUCAGAGACUUGAAUCACCAAUAUUGUUAGACAUUGAUUUUCUAAUUUGUUUUACUUUUACUGGGACGAUGGAAUCAGAAAUUCAAAGAAAAAUAGAGGAAACAGUGUUGGACAUACUGAACAAAUCCAACAUGGAAGAAGCCACUGAGUUCGGCAUACGACUCGCUGUCUCGGAGAGACUCGGUAUCGACCUCUCCGACUCCAUCAGUAAACACUUGGUUAGAAGCAUAGUUGAGUCCUAUCUUCUCUCCAUUAUGGCCAAUGGAAAGGCGGAGAAGAAGGAAAAUGUAGUCAGUGUCGAGGCCGAGGCCGAUGAGGAGACGGAGGUGGUGAAACUGAAGAGGGAAGAUCCUGAACGUAUUAUUUGUCAUCUGUCCAACAGGAGGAACGUAUCCGUGAAAGCAUUCAGAGGGACGUCACUAGUCUCGAUUAGGGAGUUCUAUAUGAAAGAUGGAAAACUACUUCCUGGUUGUAAAGGUAUUAGUUUACCUUCUGAGCAAUGGUCAAUCUUCAAGGAGAGUGUUCCUGCAAUAGAAGAAGCUAUCUUAAAGAUGGAAGGAAGGAUCAGAUCGGAGCUUAAUGGUAAGCAACAUGAAGAUGGGUCAAAACCAGUUGUCGCAGCUGCUCCUCUAGAGCCUGUUGCUCCUCUUGAGCCUGUUGUUCCUGUUUCUCCACUUGAGCCUAUAGUCCCUAUUGAAGUUGUCCGUUUUGAUGGGAAGAAUUUCCAUUUCUGGGCUCAGCAGAUGAAAUCACUAUUGAAACAAUUAAAGAUUGAACAUGUACUAAUUGAACCAUGCCCGAAUGCUGCAUUAGGGGAAGGUGCAAAGGCUGAAGACAUUGCUGCAGCCAAGGCUGCAGAAAGGAGAUGGUUGAAUGAUGAUGUAGUGUGUUGCCGCAAUAUCUUGAGCCAUUUAUCUGAUCCUCUUUUCAACCAGUAUGUGAACAGAAAAGUGAGCAGCAAGGAAUUAUGGGAAGAGCUAAAAAUGGUUUAUCUGUAUGAGGAAUUUGGAACCAAGAGAUCUCAAGUGAAAAAGUAUAUUGAAUUUCAGAUAGUUGAUGAAAAAACAGUGAUUGAGCAAGUCCGAGACCUAAAUGGCAUUGCAGAUUCUAUUGCUGCUUCUGGAAUAUUCAUUGACGAUAACUUUCAUGUUAGUGUCAUCAUUUCAAAGCUUCCACCAUCCUGGAAGGACUUCUGCAUCAGGUUAUCGCGUGAGGAAUAUUUACCUUUCUGGAAGUUAAUGGAAUGUAUACAGGUAGAGGAAGAAUUUCGGUGUGGAGUACAACGAGGGGGUGAACAUUCUUACAGUAUGGGAUUUCACCCGGGCAGUAGAGGUGGUGGACAGAGGAGCGUUGACUAUAAGCCACUAGGAAUCUGGAGGAAUAGGCCAGAAAUCAAUGCCAGGAGCUUAUCCUGUAAUAUAUGUGGCAAGAGGGGACAUCUUUCAAAAAAUUGCUGGAGAAGAAAUGGCAGGCAAACUAAUGAAAGGAGAGCAGAAGAUGAUGUCAGCACAUCUACCACAGAAGUUGAUACUCUGGCUUCUAUUCCUACCGACAAAUUGAUUCUGGACGGUAGUGUGGGGUUGUGUAAUUGCCGUGGACAAAAGUAUCAAAUGACUUUGGGUAUGAAAUUUGUAAAUUAUUUCUUGUCUUUUAGAAAUAAUUCUCUUGUCAAGUAAAAAAAAAAUGUUUUUUUCUUAAUUUAAUUUCAGAAUAAAAAAAAAUCUUACUUUCUUUUUAUGGAAAGAACUAUAUCGUAGUCAAUUACAUCAAAAUUAGAAUUUUUAAAAGUUACACUUAUGUAAAUCUUAUCAACACUGGCUUAAUUUGUAGCAGUGUCUCAACUGAGCUGCACCAAAGAGUAAAAGGUCUAGAAUGAUGAUAGCAAUAUUAGGAUUGAAGAUAGAUGAUUUAAGUGAAACAUAAAUUGUGGGUAAAGGUGAUGUAGAUUAUUUUUUUGGAGAACCAUUUUGUGUGACGUUUUGCUGUGCACCAAAAGUCUAAUGACUACAUCAACAGAGUCUCAUUUUGAAAACACCUGUUGGUCGUUCGCAGGAGCAAAAUUGAAAGAAAGUCCCACAUGUGGCAUCAUAUUAAUCAGAAAACAAUUUGGAAUUGGAAGAUAAGACUUGU